GACCGCCGCUUCCUGGCCGGCCCGGGCCGCCGCCUCAGGCCCCGCCGCUCCGUGAACCGUUACCCGCAGACUGUGACUCCCAUCCCCCGUAAAAACCAGGAAAGCGCGGGUCCUGUCCGGCUGCGCGGAGCUGCCGCCGCGGUGACUGAAUGACUAUUCAUCCUCGACAGGAGCAGGACUGGGGCGAGGCCGUAGCGACAGGCAGCCUGAGGUGUGGCGGCUGUGGUGAUGGUGUUGGAUUCAGGCGGCGUCCUCAUGGAUCAGGUCAAGUCUGAAAGUGUCAGGGACUUGUUGGAGCCAGACGUCCAGGCAGAUCCACCAAAAACUGCCAGCAGUUCCGACGCCGCUGCUGACAAGAAGCCCCGAUCCUCGGCCAAAAGGAGCAGCGUCGCCAAGAAAGAGAAAGUUUCACUCAACGGCCUCCCAGCCCAGAGCAGCAGCAGUCACACGGUCGAGAGGAGGUCCUCGUCUUUAAAAUGUGGGGCCACACCCAGACCGCCGCUGCGCCGUCCCCUCAGUCUGGAGGUGACGCCUCAACGCUUGAGGGGUUCUCAGGACCACGUGGCGGACAGGAGGAUCCUGCAGCCUCCGUGGAGAAGCGGCACUGCCGCGCCUUCUCCCCCGGCCCGCAGCCUGACCAGCCCCAGCCUGGGAGCCGGCGGCUGGAUGCGCCGCAGCGAGAGCACCUGCUCCGUCAACUACUCGCUGGGGCCGCGGGCCGGCAGAGGCCAAAUGCGCCCGGCGACCUCGCUGCCGCACAUUGCUAAAGGUGUGGGGAGCUCCACGCCGUCGACUUCCGCCAGGCCCUGUCUGCUCGUCGCCCUCAGACCUCUGAACCUGGAGCAGGAGAAGCAGACUUUCUUCCAGUCCGACUACAAGUACGAGCCUCAGUUUGAGUACGCGCAGCCGGAGCCCAAGAGCGUGCUGGAGAAGUACCGGGAGGGGUCGGGGCUCUUCCUUGAGCAGGCUGUUGGGAUCAUGGAGUGCGUCCUGAAAAAGUUUGGCUCUUACGAGAACUUUGAGGAGGUGACGGGCGGCACCGUGCUCCCGAAGAGUCAGGUCUGGGCUGCCGUCCGCAAAUACCUGCAGAAAGAAGGCUGCGUGGGAGAGGUCGUGGUGCGUCUGUCUGACGAGCUGCUGUCUCAGGCCGUGAUGGUCGUGGAGAGCUGCCGUCCCACUCUGACCAUCAACCUGGCCGGAGCGCGACAACACUGGCUGGAGGGGAUGCUGCGGCACGAGAUCGGCACACAUUACCUGCGAGGCGUGAACAACAACCUGCAGCCGUGGGCCUCCUCGGAAGGCAGGAAGCAGUUCGGCCUGAAGCCGGCCAACCCGACGGAGGAAGGCCUGGCCAGCCUGCACAGCGUGCUGCUGCGGAAGCAGCCCUACCUGUGGCGCGCCGCCCUGCUCUACUACACCGUGUUCCACGCCAACAGCAUGAGCUUCAGCCAGCUCUUCAGCCACAUCGCGCGCUUCGUCCAGGACCCCGACGUCCGCUGGGAGUACUGCCUCCGGGCCAAGAGGGGACAGACGGACACGGCGCAGCCCGGCUGUUUCAGCAAAGAUCAGGUUUAUCUGGACGGGAUCCUGCGGAUCCUUCGACACCGGAGGAUCAUCGACUUCAAGAUGUUGACUUCUUUAGGAAAGGUGUCCUUCGAAGACGUGGAGCGGCUGCGACAUCUGGCGGCGCUGUCCAGGACCAGAAUCCCUCACUUCAUGCGCGACCAGGAGCGCUACCUGCAACAUCUGGACCACAUCGUGGCCGUCAACGAGCUGGACGACUCCACGCUGGAGCAGCUGCUGCCCUGACCGUCCUGACCCCCGACCCCUGACCCCCAUCUGGAGCCAAGAGAAGAGCCGGAGGAUGCCGGUACCCAGACUGAAUAGUGCGGCGUCCCGAUUAUCACUUCAAAUAUACAGUAUUCCUGAUGAUUGCUUUCUUUUUUUGUUUUUUUUUUGUAAAACUUGAAUGAUGCGAACAAAAAGGGACGUACACAGAAACACCUCAGUCGACGUUUUCACUUGUGUGUGAUGCAUGUUUACGAGCGUGCCUCCCUCCCCGCGCCUUUACUCCCACUAUGAAGUUACCUCAAUACUGCAACUCUUCGAUGUAACCAACAUUAUCUAUGUAAUCACCUUCAUAAUCACGCGCUUUAUUUAUGCAAAUAUUUAAUUGAAUUUUUUUUUUUUUUUACUUUAAGAGAACAAACUGAAUGUCUCUGGUAUUAGCUUUAUACUUUUUUUUAAGACGUUGUUUUUCAUGCCUUAGAUUAUUUGCAUUAUCAAAAGAAGGACACCAAGGACACAACAUCUCCAAAACCCUGGGAGAAAAGCUGAAACUGGGGCCAUGAAUCUCUUAAAUAUCAAGUGCCAGCGGACUCAGUCGAGCAGUGAAUUAAUGUAUUUAUUUGUUUUCCCGGGGGCGUAUUUAAAAUAGCAGUGUUACCAAUAAGAUAAUCAGCUGUGUUGUCUUAAGGUGUCCUUGGUGUUCCUUCCAGGAUUAAUAUGCUACUGUGACGUGACCUGUCCCUGAGCUCCCCCUGCUGCGCAGCAACCAAACUCUUAACUGCAACCUUAAAGGAGAGCUUGGCAUUCUGGGAAUUGGUCCAGCUUCAGUGGAGAGUUGGUGAAAGAAAAAAAAAAAACAAAACAAAACAAAAAGCGUUGCUCAGGGUUCCUGCUGUUCGAGAGCCUGGUGAUGAAUUAAUUUUUUUUUUUUUUAAGAGGCAGAUUUUGCCAAAUCGAUUCAAGACCUGUGGUCCUUUUUAUCAGUGAACAUCCAUUCAGGUUUCCAUUUGGUUAAAUUAGUCUGUACUUCCGCAUAUUUCUGUAUUACAACUCGAGUUUAGCACAAAAUUGACAGUAUUUUUACAGAAAAUAAAUAAAAAUUUACAAGACUUCCACAUUCCGUUUGAGAUAUGAAAUAAAUUAAAGAAAACAUUUGGAAAAAAUUUUAAAUCACAUCAACAACCAAGCUGUGAAAUUGAUCAAAUUGAGCAUUUUCAACUUUCUGGCGAGAGCUCCAUGUGUAGCGUUGUACUGAAGCUUUACACUCGACAGGAAGUCUCCACACCACGAGGACGCUUCCCAAAAUGUCAAAGUUUUCCAACUGCAGUACAUAAAAGUGCCAAAAGUGGCGUCUUUGAGAACUCUGUUGGGUCUUUUUGUUACUGAGCCAGACGGAGGAGGAAACAGGUUUGUGGUAGGCGUGCCUUCGAUGGGUGUCGAGCUCAUCCGCUGUAGCUGGCUGUGUGUUCGUUAGGCUGCUUUUUACUGUGUUUUUUCACUCUUCACUUCAGAUGUCGGUCGGGGCGUUCGUUUGAGGCCGGGCCGUCUGCGGCAGACCGACACCAGACGUCCAGAUUUUAUCUUCUAUGAAAAAGAAAACUUGAUCGGAGUGUAAAUGAUGUUCAGACUGAUGCUGUUACUUUAAAUUCACUGUUUACAGUUUAAGUGUUUUUCUGUCGACUGUCAAACUCGGCGCAAACGAACGCUCCUGCUUGUAAACACACGAAUGUUGCACAAGUGUUUUAUGUUCUGGGAGACAUCUUGAAUUUCCAGGUUAUUUAUUAAAAUAUACACACGAUUA